AUGACGGGGGUGUACAUACAGCAAACCGGCAAGUACAUCCUCACAGUGUACAUUGGCCUGCCAAUCACGAUACUCGGGAUAGGGCUGCUUAUUGACAUCGACGUUCACGUUGAUUGGGCCAAGCUUGUGACCUUUCAGAUCAUUGCCGGCACUGGCAUCGGCAUGAACUUCGAGGCGCCUCUGCUUGCCAUGCAAGCCGCCAUUGACGUCAAGGAUAUGGCCACCGGGACUGCCACGUUUGGAUUCUUUCGGACCUUGUCUACAGCAGUCUCGGUUGUCAUUGGCGGCGUGGUCUUUCAGAACCAAAUGGCAAAUCAGGCGCCGGAGCUCGCAGCGAGUAUUGGCCCUGAGCUUGCUGGUGAGCUCUCUGGUGGAGACGCGGCGGCGAGCAUUGGCCUCAUCGAUACACUCUCUCCCUCACAGAAGGUGGUCGUGCAACAGGCACUCAAUAGAUCUCUCAGAGAUAUGUGGAUCAUGGUCAGUCUUCACCUUACUCGAAUUAGGUAA